AUGGCUCCAAGAGCAUCUCCCAAGAAACGAGCUGCCAGGACGGCCUCGUCUGCACCUACGAAGAGGUCUGCUCGCUCGAAGCCUGCUCGCGCGAAACGAAGCCCGACUCCGGAUGAUGCGGAGCUCGAGUCGAGUGACGACAAUCACGAAGACGAAGACGCUGGUGAUGAGUUUAGGGAGGAGCUGGAUAGCGACGCUCUCGACGAGGACGACGUGGACGACGACGCGGGAACGAAGAAGCGUAAACGCACCUCGCCGACCAAGGGGAAGGUGAAGAGCGCGCGGGCUCCGAAACGGUCAGCGAAACGAAGGCGCGACGCGUCCGACGAGGACGAGGACGAGGACGCGGAUGCGGCCGGGGUGACACUCGCUCCAGGGCAGGUCAUCGUUGGCACCGUCGUCCAAGCGCCCAAAAGCGGUCGCGUUCCGCCCGGUCGGAUAUCCCAAAACACGCUGAACUUCCUCGCCCAGCUCAAGGACCCGGAAUGCAAUGACCGCGAAUGUUGUAACUUGACUCACAUUCAUAUAUUCCCCCCAGGUUUAAACUACACGGUAUGUUUGACACAACCCGUCUUCCGUCUCGCGGAGAAAGAAUGGAAAGCUUUCAUCGAGAAGCUCACCGACUUGAUUGUCGAAGUUGAUACGCAGAUCCCGACACUGCCACCCAAGGACGUGAUCUACCGAAUAUAUCGUGACGUUCGCUUUAGCAACGACAAGACGCCGUACAAGACCGGAUUCACCGCGACCUUUUCGCGGAGCGGGCGGAAGGGUAUUUUUGCUGGGUCCGUUCCUAUGCGUUGCUGUUUCUUCAUGUGCUCAGUGGAACCGGGAGGCGGAAGUCUCCUCGCGGCGGGAUCAUGGGCUCCUGGCAAGAACGAGCUGGCUACGAUCCGCUCGCAUCUACAGCACAACGCGUCGCGCCUGCGCCAGGUUAUCUCCGCCGAGGCGUUCGUCGCACGUUUUGGCGAGCCGGCUCCGCAUCCGAAGGGCGCGCGGAGGAGCAUAUUCGGUAUGGAGGAUGAGCUCAAGGUCUCGCCCAAAGGCAUCGACAAGACGCACAAAAACAUCGAUUUAUUGAAGUGCCGGUCAUUCGUAGUCGUUCACAAGUUCACAGACGAGCAGGUCCUCCGAGCCGAUUUUGGGCAGAAGCUAGCGGAGGUCUUCGAGGUCGCUAAGCCUCUGGUCUACUGCCUCAAUGACUAUAUGACGGUGGGCAUUGAAGACGAGGAAGCGGAAGGGGAAGGGGAAGGGGAAGAGGAAGAGGAAGGGGAAGGGGGAACGGAAGGAGAGUAG